AACACUAGGUGGCGAUGGAUUUUAUCCGUGGCCAAGUUAAGAUGGAUGGAUGAAUCCUCUAACCUUAAACGCGGUUUUUUACGAAACAAAUGCCACGAUGAGCGAAGUCGCGGGGAACUCGUAUGAAAAUGCAGACGACGUAGUCACGGUGGGCACAUACGUGAUAAUCAAAAAGCAGAGCUAUAGUAAGCUACAUAAGGUGUCUGAAAAUGGUACUCUGAUGCUAGGCAAGGACCAGGUGGAAAUGCGCGAGAUCGUCGGCAAGCCGUUCUGGAGCACCUUUGAAAUGGUACCGUCGCGAAAUGGCGGCAGAGCCUUCACCCUGAAACUAGCCGAGCAGACGGAGUCCUGGGACGAUUUGAAAGGUGACCUGAGCGGACACGACAAUCGCUCUAUCACGGAUGACGGUACGUCACAGAAACUGUCAAAGGAAGAGAUUCUACAGCUGCAGGAAACUGGCAAGACUGGCAAAGAGAUCAUCGGCAGUCUCAUAGAAAACAGCAAAUCCUUCGCAGCAAAAACUGAAUAUUCUCAAGAGAAGUACAUCAAGAAGAAGGAACGCAAGUAUUUCAGAUUCUUGACAGUAUGUAGACCCACUGUGGUGUCCCUGCACGAGGUACACUUCAGAUUAAACCCUGAUAAAAUUGGAGGACUGCGAAUGGAUGCGCUAGCGCAAAUAUUGUCCUACAGUGAUGUGCAGUCUGAUGGCUUGUACAUGCUGUACGACAGUGGAUCCCAAGGACUACCUGCUGCAGCUAUGUUGGAUAGAAUAGGUACUAAUACCAAUGGCCAUCUGAUUAAUCUACAUCCAGGCAACAUACCUCAGACUGCCAUCAUUCAGGCUAUGAACUUCCCUGGAGAAUUGAAGGACAGGCAUGUUACAGUGAACAUUUAUAGUUUUUUAAGAUUGCACUACCAGGGUGAGUCGAGUGUAUUAGACAGCAUUGCUGCAUCUAAGAAUGCUGUUGACAAUAAAGUAACAAAGUCAAAGGACUCAAAAGAAGCAACUGAAGAAACUAAUGAUAAAAUUAACAGUAACCUAGUAUCAAAUUUAGGCACCGUAGACUUUAAAUUAGAAGAUAAAGCAGGAGCAGAUAUUGCACUAAUUGCAAGUGAAGAAUGUGCUAAUGCUUUGAAACGAAAACUCGACGAAUCUGCGGACGCGGUGCCUAUAAAAAAGCCAAAGUGGUUCUUUGAGACGCAACGCGCGGUGGAUUUAUUGAACGCCUCCAAGGCUCGUGGCUUGACCAUUGUGGCCAAGGAACAUCCGUUAAAUAUUGUAAAUGCUCUGUUGCCUUUCUUGGGAGCCUCACGACCGUUUGUUAUCUUCCAUAUGCAUCGAGAGCCGCUGCAAGAGACUUACAUGGGACUCAAGCAAAAGCGUGGUGUGAUAAAUUUAAGAUUGUUCACAAAUUUCUUACGUUCAUAUCAAGUGUUGCCUGACAGGACUCAUCCUAACAUACUGACAAGUGAUACCGGUGGAUAUAUCUUAACAGGAUAUCUAGUUGAAUAAUAAAAAAAAAUAUAUCUUAAUAAAUUUUUAUAUGAUGAAUCCAUUAGCAUGUACUUGCAAAAUUUAAAUACUAAGAAAUAAGAUAUACAGCUUAUAGAAAGAAAUUAUAAUGAGAGAAAUUAAAUAGUAAUUAUUUAUAUAAACACAUGUAUAUAUAUUA